ACUUGAUCCUUGCGAGGCAUUGAGAAAUAAGAAUAUUCGAACAACAACAACAACGACAACAACAACAACAACAGCGACAACGACAACGACAACGAUUGUUUUUGUCACAAGAGAAAAAAAAACCGAAGGAGAAACGAAAUGUCUCUCAACACCUCCGGCCUCCCCCCGCCCCCCUCCGUCUCCCGCACCACCGUGCAGAUGGCAGGCCUGCUGGUCGACGUCUACGGCCUCGCCGAGCUGCCGCCCGCCGCCACCCGCGUCUCCUGCCUCUGGCUGCACCACCCGCGCACCCGGAGCAAGGAGCACAUGGCCGACAUCGCCGCGCGCUGCGUCGGCGCGUGGAACGCUCGUCGUCGCCAGCAGCACUCUGAAAAUGAUGAUGAUCGUCGUGGUGGCGGUGGUGGUGGUGGUGGUGCGGGAGAGCAGCAGCGGCAGACGCGCGGAUUGAUCGCGCUGGCGUACGACCAGCGGAACCACGGGACGCGCAAAGUGGACGAGCGGGCCAACGGGAGCUGGCGCGAAGGCAACCCGAUGCACGCCGUCGACAUGUUUGGGGUGGUGCAGGGCAUGGUGGCGGACCAGAGAGGCCUGUUGGACCUGGUCGAGGGGUAUCUCUUCGCUGGUGAUGGGGGUAGGAGGAAGAUUGACCAGCACCUCGCGCUCGGCGUGUCGCUCGGCGGGCAUAGCGUCUGGCAGUUGAUGUUUGCCGAGCCGCGGGUCACCGCCGGUGUCGUGAUCGUUGGUUGUCCCGAUUAUCUGAACCUCCUUUCGGACCGCGCAAGGUUGUCAAAGCUGUCGACGUACACGGCCGAUGAUGGCGGCGCGUCCUUCCUUGGCAGCAAGGACUUCCCCCCCUCACUCGUAGACGCGUGCAAGAAGUUCGACCCCAAGGCCAUCUUCUUCGGAACCGAUCCGGUGCCAGACAUCACGGAAUCAUCAUCGAAGUACCAUGGCACCGCAUUACAAAUCAUGCGAGAGCGUGUGCGCGGCAAAUCCUUCUUGCUCUGUUCCGGAGGCGAAGACAAGCUGGUCCCCUACCGUUGCUCCAAGCCGUUCGUGGACUGGUUCAGCCAAGCGGGCCGGUCCUGGUUCCGGGAGGAGGUCCUCUCCCUUUCGGUCAGCGACAGAGUCUACCCAGGAAUCGGGCACGAGUUCAGCCCAGACAUGAUCAGGGAUUCGGUGCAAUUUAUCGUCGACACUGUCGCCAGCGUAGACUUAAGGCCGUCAUCAACGCACGGGCAAGGCUCUUCUAAGAUUUAAUGCAAGAGGGAAGGGCCGCACAGGGCACCUAAGGUUUGUUGUAUGAGAGAAUAGCACACAGUCGGUUGCUGUGAAGAAUGUUUCUUUGGGGGGCAAUCAGUCCGCACUCGAGGAGGGGAGGGACGAGAGUCUCGAUUGUAUCCAACACCGCUCGCAGCGGCUGCCGGAGGCUAAGCCUAUCUCAAAUGUUGGCACUCCUGGCAACUGGCAGCUAUUCAACCGCUACAAGCUU